GGUGGACUAUUAUCUCAGAGGCCCCUCCUACCCUCUGCCUGCUCUUAUAGCGGCGUUCCUUUCACUUUAACAUUCAGUUAUUUAGCAGACGUACCCAAUCAACCUACGAAGCAUUGACCAAGCAUUGACCAUUGAUCAACAAGGCAACACAAUGGGUUCCAGGAUGAGCUCCACCACUGCAGUUUCAUCAACUUCAACAGAAGGCCCCGACUUACCGAUUGCCGAGGGAUCAAACAUGAUGGAAAACAAUGAUACAGACUCAGCUGUAUCAAUGAUCAAGAAGUAUUUGGAAGAUAUGAAUAAUCCACUGAACAUUGCUGUCACAGGAGAGAGUGGAGUUGGAAAGUCCACCUUUGUUAAUGCCUUCAGGGGGAUAGACAACACAGAUGAGAGAGCGGCCCCUACAGGUGUUGUGGAAACGACCAUGAAGCCUGAGCCUUACCCACAUCCAAGACACCCCAAUGUUACAUUAUGGGAUCUCCCGGGAAUCGGAACCACCAAAUUCCCAGCUGAUCAGUACCUGAAGCACGUUGAGUUUGAAAAGUUUGAUCUUUUUAUCAUUGUAUCAGCUGGUCACUUCAGAGAGCAUGAUGCCAAGCUGGCUCAGAAGAUCAAGAAAAUGGGCAAGAAGUUAUUCUUUGUCCUCUCUAAGAUUGACCACAAUCUAUGUGAUGAAGAAAGGAGCCAGAGGGAGUACGAUGAAGAAAAGACACUUCAGGAAAUCAGGGACAACUGCAUUCAAGGACUUGAAAAACAAGGUGUUGCGUCUCCUCAGGUCUUCCUGGUGUGUAGUUUUGAUCGCCAUUUGUACGACUUCCCCGCCCUCCAGGAGACCAUGGAGAGAGAGCUUCCCUCACACAAGAGAAAUGCUCUGAUCCCUAAGGAUAUUCCAGUGAACAUUGCAAUCACAGGAAGGAGUGGAGUUGGAAAGUCCACCGUUGUUAAUGCCUUCAGGGGGAUAAAAAACACAGAUGAGAGAGCGGCCCCUACUGGUGUUGUGGAAACGACCAUGAAGCCUGAGCCUUACCCACAUCCAAGACACCCCAAUGUUACAUUAUGGGAUCUCCCAGGAAUCGGAACCACCAAAUUCCCAGCUGAUCAGUACCUGAAGUACGUUGAGUUUGAAAAGUUUGAUAUUUUUAUCCUUGUAUCAGCUCAUCGCUUCAUUGAGAAUGAUGCCAAGCUGGCUCAGGAGAUCAAGAAAAUGGGCAAGAAUUUAUAUUUUGUCCGCUCUAAGAUUGACCAGAAUCUAGAAGCUGCGCAAAAGAGCCAGAGGGAGUACGAUGAAAAAAAGACACUUCAAGAAAUCAGGGAAAACUGCAUUGAAGGACUUGAAAAACUAAAUGUGGCGUCUCCUCAGGUCUUCCUGGUGUCUAGUUUUGAUCUCCACUUGCACGAUUUCCCCGCCCUCCAGGAGACCAUGGAGAGAGAGCUUCUUUCACUCAAGAGAAAUGAUCUGAUCUGUAAUGAUCUUCCACUGCACAUUGCUGUCACAGGAGAGAGUGGAACUGGAAAGUCCACCUUUGUUAAUGCCUUCAGGGGAGUGGACAACAGAGAUGAGGGAGCGGCCCCUACCGGUGUUGUGGAAACUACCAUGAAGCCUGAGCCUUACCCGCAUCCAAGACACCCCAAUGUUACAUUAUGGGAUCUCCCAGGAAUUGGAAACACCAAAUUCCCAGCUGAUCAGUACCUGAAGUACGUUGAGUUUGAAAAGUUUGAUUUUUUUAUCCUUGUAUCAGCUGAUCGCUUCACUGAGAAUGAUGCCAAGCUGGCUCAGGAGAUCAAGACAAUGGGCAAGAAUUUAUAUUUUGUCCGCUCUAAGAUUGACAACAAUCUAAAAGCUGCGCAAAGGAGCCAGAGGGAGUACGAUGAAGAAAAGACACUUCAGAAAAUCAGGGAAAACUGCAUUCAAGGACUUGAAAAACAAGGUGUGGAGUCUCCUCAGGUCUUCCUGGUUUCUGGUUUUGAUCUCCAUUUGUACGACUUCCCCGCCCUCCAGGACACCAUGGAGAGAGAGCUUCCCUCACACAAGAGAAAUGUUCUGAUAUUAACCCUUCCCAACGUCUGCAAAAGCAUCAUUAACAAGAAGAAAGAGGUUUUCCGUUCACAAAUUUGGCGCUAUGCUAUAACGUCUGCAGUCGUAGCAGCUGUACCUCUCCCAGGGCUUUCCAUUGCUGCUGAUGUAGGCAUUCUGGUCAAGGUUCUUCGGGACUAUUUGUUUGGGUUUGGUCUUGAUAAAAAGUCGUUGGAAAAACUUUCCAGGGAUACAAAUACACCUUUAGAUGAUAUAAAGCCAGUGUUGAAAUGUAUUUGUUCUGGAAAGAAUGUAACUAAUGAGCUUGUUCUCUUAAUGCUGCAAUCUGGAGCAUUGGUAUCAGCAGCUUUAGUAGCAGAGGAAGGUUCCCGAUGGAUUCCUUUUAUUGGAAUCCCAAUAGCUAGUGCACUUUCUUUCACUUCCAUUUACACGUUUUUAAGUUCUACUCUUAACAGCCUAUCUGAUGACGCGGAAAGUAUUCGGCCAAAGUUCCUGCUCAAUAAGGCUCUAGCCUUUAGCGAUAAGGAAAAAUGAACGCUUCAACUGAAGCAAACCUUUGAGAAUGCAAUAAGGGAAAACUCAAUUCAAUAGUCAUUAGUAGAAAGUGUUUUUGUUUUGUUUUGGUUAUAACGGUUUUAAUAGGCAUGAACAGGGCCAGUACCAAGGGGCCCGGGGCCGCAACGGGCCUGAGCCCAAAGGCCAAUGUUAAUAUAAUAAUUUUAUAGUGAUGAAUAGAUAUUUGUACGGUCACUUGAGGAGAGAAUGGAUACAUUUUUUUAUAUUCUAAUAGAUAACAGCUUUAUAACAGUUACAGCUGCUGAUAUGGAUAACAGGGAGGCAUAAAAAUAGCAAAUCUUAUUUCUCUCUUUCUAUUUCAUCUCAUUAUCAAUACCAUUAUACAUUGAACUUACUUUUUUUGUUUCUACUUUGAAUGGGAAGGCCAUCAAGAGCAUGAGCAAAAUAGCGUCUUAAUUUUCUACGCAAAAAGUUACAGGACACUGACAGCUAACAGCAUGCAGCUUGCUAGCAACAAUGGAAAAGCAUAUGCAAACUCCAAAGCAAUGUUAUAAACGCAAUAACCAUUGGUUGAUAAUUAAUUGAUGACAUGUUACGUGUUCCAUCAACCAAGACAAAGGCAAAGCCGGGCUUAUUUCGCUUAGCCUCGCUACUUUCAGCUAGAGUUGCGGUCCAUUAACGUGACUUAAAGGACAAUUCCGGUGUAAAUUGAAUUUGGGAUAUGUUUUGUCUGAUAACUAGUUGGAAUGUUAGUUUUGGAGCACAAAAAACGCAUGUAGACGCAUUCUUCAGGUGGCUAUUUUUAGCCUAUUCUAUCAAAACGCUAUAAACUUGGAACGAUAGGGGCAUGUGUUAUGCUAAAAACUAAAUCGCUAUUUUAAACCACUUAAAAGGCUAAAAGGAGCUUGACACUUCUUAGUAGUAUAAUAAGGGUCUUAACAUAUAAAACGAGGCAUUGAUAACUUUGUAAGUGUACAGAUUGUUUAUUAAAAAUGACAUUUUAUACACACAAUACCAUCUGUCAGGGUCAUAAUGGUCUAGGUCGGGGUCUUAAUGGUGUAGGUCAGGGUCAUAAAAAUCUGUCAGGGUCUUAAUUGCCGGAGUCAGGGUCUUGAUGGUCUGCCUCAGGGUCUUAAUGGUCUAGGUCAGCGUCUUAAUGGUCUGCAUCAGGGUCUUGAUGGUCUUUGUUAGGCUUGGCCCACGUAAAAUGCUGCUUGCAGCUUUAAUUAGGGUGCCAAGCAACCUAUUGUAGUUGUUAGUGUUUUUAUUAUUAUUAUUAGGAUGCCGAGCACAAAGUGCGAAGGGAACCUAUCGUAAUUGUUAGUUUUAUUAGGGUACCAAGCACAAAGCGCAAAGGCAACCUAUUGUAAUUAGGGUGCCUAGCACAAAGUGAGAAGGCAACCUAUUGUAAUUGUUUUUUUAGGGUGCCAAGCACAAAGUGCGAAGGCAACAUAUUGUAAUUGUUAGUUUUAUUAUUACGGGUCCUCCGAAAUCAGUAGGAACCCUAUUGUAAUCGUUAGUAUUAUUUGGCGUCCUACGAAAUCCUUAGGAACCUUAUUGUAAUCAUUAGCAUUAUUAGGGGACCAAGCAGCAAAGCACAAUUGUUUCUGUAAUGUUUUAUUUUUUCGUCAAAUUCUGUAAAAGUCAUACUGCAGCUUAUACUGUGAGUCAAGAACUCUUGAAAUUUUCAGUCGACCAAAAUCGCCACAUAAAAUCUUUAGACUAAACCUCACAAAAAUCAUCAAACAGAAUUUGUUUAAUUUAGUUCCAUUUGAGAAAAAUUGGCUAAUAAAUUUGGAGCAGUUAGCAGAGCAGUUUUUCUUAUGUGACCAUUUUGUUAUUGUAUAAAAAAAACACAAUUAUUAUAAGGUGGAUACCAAUACCCCCCACUACCCAUAAACCAAAAUUGUGGUACUGCACCCAAAGGUGGCGCUAUUUAAAAAAAUCAUGAACUAGCCUUAUUUCUCCUUGACCUGGACUCAAAAUUCUUUCAUAAUAUUAAUCUCUAAUAUCAGAUGCAUCUUUUUCACCGUGGUCUUCUGCUCUAUAAUUUUUUACUUUUCCCACAAUUUCAUAGAAAAGCCAAACGUCCACAGUCUCAACCCAUUUUGCCUAUGUGACAAUUUUGUUAUUGUAUAACUACCAUACGGCUAUCAUUAGGUGGAUACCAUUGACAAAUUUUCCGAUCUGUACUAUUUUAAGAAAGCCCUUAAUUCUCUUGUGAAACGUGAGCUUGGAGUUUUCUUGAUGUGUGCUUACCAAUCAACAUUUUCACAAGGUGAAUGAGGCAUUAUGCAAUUCACGAAUGUGUGAACUUCGUGAACAGUGGCUUGACGGGAUAAUGCUGUGUACUGGUGAUCAUUAGGUUGAGAGUUUGAAUCCUGAUUAGAGCAUUAUGAACAAGCUGAACAUGACAUUCUGUCAUUGCCACUGUUCUGCCCUGAAUAUGUUAAAAGACACUUAAAGUUACUGUUGAAACGUUUUAUUGUUGCAAAGGUAUUACGGAGCCUUUAUUUUGAAAGUAACCUAGUAACAGGAAGCAGGAAGUAACAGUGUAAACACAACAAUGAGAAGACAUGAUGGCGUGUUUGUAUCAUCUCAUGGCUGUUAAUCCUUGAGUAAUCCUUUGUGUGUAUCCCUCAGAAAGCAAUGACUGUAAGUGUUACACAUUCUUUACAUGUUGAACAAUUUAUAUUGAUUUACAUUGACGAGUUUACUGAUAUGUUUUCUAAGUUUGUAAGAAAGUAGCAGCGUAAUGUGUUUGAGCCUGUAAGACAACUGUACCAUCAUAUACUUACAUGUUAUUUCAUAGCAAUCCAUCAAAGCAUUUUUUGUAUCUUUCUUUUCUAGUUUCACUCCGUUUCAAUGCUGUCAUCCUGACUUACAUGUGCCCUAUACCACGAAGCUCGCUGAACAUACCCAGGCUUUCUUGGGAAAACCUGGCUCGACAGAGCCGCAACUCGCAAUCAGAGUUAAAUGGUACCACGAAGCUCACUUUAGAUUCAAUUAGUUGAACCAGGUUUUCCGCUUUAGGUUCAGUGCGCGUUCACGUGAAAGGGGCGUUUUUUGCGUAAUUUUUCUCACCUUUACGAUACAUCAAGCAGUCUAUAUGAGUAUAAGUGAAAAGAUUCUGCAUAUUGUCUGUAAAAUAACUAUGCCAAAUGCAGAAUUCUUCGCCAUUAAUCCAAAUAGAAUGAUCAUGAUUUAAAAAUGCAUAAGCAACGUCCAUCCUGCCUUAUUCUAUCAUUUAGGGAAUUCACUUUAAAUACCCCCUAUUUAAGAAAUGUAUCGCAUGUUUUCGACCGCUGAGUGGUAGCGGCUGUAGCGUAGUGGAUUAGUAUAAGACCCGAACGCCAGCGACCGGGGUUCAAAUUCGCCGGUCUAUCAUCAUGCAUUUUACCCCCAUAGAUGUGGUGCCAGCACGGCCUUGAAAAUAUGGGUUCAAGUUCGAAAUAAUCACAAAAAUAUAAUUCCUUAAGCUUUAGUGAAUAAGUAUUGCAAAUGCAUGAGAAUUAGGACUUUUUAAGCUUCACAUAAAUUUGCGUCACUUGGGAGUCUAACCUCCCGCGCAGAAAUUCAAGACUGACGCGCUACCUCCACUCUAGCACUCUGUCACUGAGACACAAUGCGCAACAGUAAUAAUUGUCUACAUAAGGUCCAAAAGGACGAUCAAAUAACGAACACCCUCUGAUGAGAAUCUGUAUCUCUCAUGAAGAACCCCAAUUUCGUUGUUUGCACAAUGACAAUAAAGUCUGAAAUCUGAAUAUCGUCAGACAAUGCCAAGGAUCGGUUCUGUCCCGUAAAACCCUCUGUCUCCGGAGAGACGCCUGUACGAGAAGUGCACCGGGGUCCACGGGAACACCCACAAAUGGUGACGCCAUUGUCAGAGGAGGGGCUAGGAAGCUGCGCACGCCGAUUUAAGUAGCCGAUCUCCGGCUAGACUAAGCCGAAAAACUGCUCCCGACCAGGUUUGGUUGCGAGCAUAAGUCACCAUGGUGAUACAGCGACGCUAAAAGAGAUCGACUUUCGUGGUACAACUAACCCAGGCUUGGAGCUCAACAUACCUCGCUAACCCUCUAAGCGAGCUUCGUGGUACAGGGCCCUGCUGUUUAAGAAGUCAAUAAAGGAGCAUGCAUGCUCACUUUCUGGCUCUUGAAAAGGAGUUUGACUGGCUGUUUAUCUAUGUCAACACUUUAGGAGUAAAACACAUAGAGAGAACUGUACAGCCACUCAUCAACACAAACACACAACACAACAUUGAACAGCACCUGAAAUUCAUCAGGCAAUCAACAUUCCGGCUCAUUAGUUUCCAAGAAUCUGACUGCCAAGACACAGUAUGGUAUUAAGGGGUAAUUCUUCAUUAACCAUUUUUCCUUCAUAAUUAAAUCUGUCACAUUUAUAUUUCUUCCAGAAUUUCAAAGAUUUUUCAGGUAUAUGCUUUGAAGAAAGCCCUUAAUUCACUUGAGAAAUGUGUACUCUUGAGUUUUCUGAAUGUUUGUGUGUGUAACCGGUGCAUUGAUAGUUAUGUUAUAUUUCACCAAUAAUCCUUUUAUUCCUUUAAAUUAUUAUUUUCCCUUUAUGUAUAAAUGUAUGUUUGUUUUGAACGCUUUUAUUUUGGUACGUUGGGUUGUGUGUAGUCACUUCCUGUUUGCUUCGCGCCAUCCUCUCCAGUCGGAGGGUUGCCCUGCUGGAGAGAGAGUGCUCGUGAGACGGACAGAAAUCACAGCACUGAUAUCUAUGUUAAUGUCUUCCCACACAGAAUAAAAGCU